AUGUUUUCCUCCACCAGUAAGAAGCUAGCGAUCACGCCACGCUGGACGAUGCGAGGUCAUACCGGCUGGGUAGAUGGUAUCGUCCAUCUGCCCGGCGAACGACGCAUAAUCUCAUGUUCCCAUGACGCCUCACUCCGAUUAUGGGACCUGGAGAGCGGUACACAGAUAGGUGGGGACUGGCGAGAUGAGAGUAAAGCAGGAAUGUGGUCCAUGGCAUUGUCUCCAAACAACAAGACAGUUGCAAGUGGAAGUAGCGACAGGACAGUAAGUUUGUGGAACGUCGAGACGAGGAAGAACAUCACCAAAUGGACGGGACACACCAGAGUUGUGUGUACAUUGUGCUGGAGUUCAGAUGGUAAGCAAGUAGUGAGUGGAUCCCGUGAUGGGACAGCAAGAGUAUGGGAUGUCGACAGCGGUGAAACUGUCAUGACAAUCAAAACCAGACACAAGUGGGUGAACGCGGUGAUAUACUCGCCCGAUAACGAAAAAAUCGCAUCGGGCGGAGACAACGAGAAUGCAGUCAAAAUCUGGGAUAGCAAGAUCGGUGAGCUGAUCACCGCACUCAAACACGAUUGGGCAGUUUGGAGCUUGGCCUGGACGUCGGACGGAAAGAAGCUUAUCUCCGGUUCGUAUUGCUCGAUUAGAAUAUUCGACACAGCCACUUGGCAGCAGAUUGCCGUUCUUGAGGGUCACACAGACGGCGUCAAUGUCAUCUCCUUGUCUCGGAACAACCGCCUCCUUGCAAGUGUAUCACGGGAUAACACAGCGCGUCUAUGGAAUCUCGACACGAAUCUCCUGAUCGGACAACCCCUCCAGCAUGAAGAUCAUUUGCACUCCGCAGCCCUUUCCGAUGAUGGAAAAGUGCUAGUCACUAGUUGCAAAAACGGAAAUAUGUACACAUGGGACAUUCACGCCAUCAUCAAACAAGCUGGCCUUGAAGACCUACUGCCCGUUCCUGAUGUCAUAGAGCUGAUAGACACCGAUGCCACGCAGGCCGAGGGCGAUGAACUACCACCGGACUUUUUUGAUGAUAUGCGAGACGGUGUUCAUUCCUCCACAGCAUACAGUAACCGGUACCGUUCCUCUGCCCGCCGCCGCCCUCUCGCACACUCUUCGAGGAAUACGCUCUUCCGCGGCCUUUCAACGCUCUUUCGCCGCUCUCCCUUCAACAUAAAUCAAGCAACCGAACUUCAGCAACGUCCAAGGCGGUCUAUCUUCUCUCAUGGCGGCCCUCAUGUCGUCAAGGUUGCUGCGGUGCGGGACAAACAGGCGCUAUAUGUUGCUCCGCCGCAGGUAAAAAAAACACAGGCCCAACCACAAGGCCAAGUUCAGUCGUCGUCAUCGCAAUCUCAGCCUGCCGCCGCCUCGACUUCCACGGCACCUCCUGCUUCCGCUCCCGCUCCUGCUCCUGACACUCAGCCGAAUGGUAAUACCAUACCAAGUGCAAGACCUGCGCAUUCACUACCCCUCCGAAUGCUGGCACAUCUCGUUCUUUUUCUCUGCUGUGCGUCUUCUCAACACGAUGGCAAUGUACAACCAACACAGCAGCAGCAAGGCCAAUCGCAGAACCAGGUACCAUCACUGCAGACUCAGCCAGCCGCCUCCUCGACGUCCACGACACCUACUGCUCCUGAUACUCAUACUACCACGCCAGGUGCAGCAACCGCGCAGCCACGGCCCCUUCCAUUGCGGACUCGUUUCGUCCUUUUUCUCUGUUGUGCAUCUCUCCCGCAUGCAGAUGGGCAUUGACGCUGCAGCAUAUGGACAUCUAUUUCAUCUUUGGAUCAGGUUCUUGUGUUAUCAUUGUUAUCUCUUCGUCCGCGUUGAGACUCCGUAUUUGAUUGCCCCAACCUCCUCUGUCUCGGGUUAGUUUUACCACUGGCAUGAAACCUCCAUUAUUAUUUCAACCACGCUAAAAACACGUACUGGCUCCAAAUGAUGGUGCUGCAAAUCCUGAGCACCAGUCAUCCUUCAUUUAUUGGGUACCCGAUAGCAAGUAUGUACACCCUGCCUUGGACUAGAUCGUUCCUUCGCCCUACUGCACAUACGCACCCUCUCAAUGCAACCGAGACGUCUCGAC